AACACGCCACACGUGUGUUUUAAAUUGUAAACACGCGCUGGUGGAGUUUUAAAUAGUUCUUUGCUGCAAAAAUGGGUGCAACCAAGAACCUGGACUUGAUUGGCACCAUCGAGGACGAUGCCGAGGUCGAGAACUUGUCGGAGGACUCCGAUGCGGAGGUCGAGUACCAACCCACAAAACUGAGGCACAAGAAGGUGACUGAGUUUGAGAAGGGUUUCGAGUUCGUGUCCUCGGUGAAGGAGUACAACCAGGACACUUGGGACGACCUGAUGAAGUACGUAAAGCGGAAGGCGCGUACAAAGACCGACGACAAGAUCGCCGCCCGGCUGCAAAAGCGGGGUGGCGCAGAAGCUGUGGCCGCGGAGCAGAGCGAUGGAAGUGAAAUAGAUCUUUCCGAGGACGAAUUGAAGCAUGACAACCUGCGGCUAAGAGAAAAGAAGGAGUCGAAGAAAAAGAAGAAGAAGGCUGGAGAGGAGGAUGAAGAGGAUGAGGGAGAGAAGAUGCAAUUCGACGACACUGUGGAGGCGAACGAGCAGAUCACCUCCUUCUACCAGAUGAAUCUGUCACGUCCCCUGAUGCGUGCCAUCGGUGUCCUGGGAUACAUCUAUCCUACGCCGAUCCAGGCCUCUACAAUUCCGGUGGCUUUGCUAGGUCGUGAUAUCUGUGGCUGCGCUGCCACGGGAACGGGCAAAACGGCUGCCUACAUGUUGCCUACUCUAGAACGUUUGCUAUAUCGUCCUCUUAACAAUAAGGCUAUAACCAGGGUGCUGGUUUUAGUGCCCACUCGUGAGCUGGGCGCCCAGGUCUACCAGGUGACAAAGCAGUUGUGCCAGUUCACUAGUAUUGAUGUGGGUCUGGCCAUUGGCGGUUUGGAUGUGAAGGCUCAGGAGGCAGUACUGCGCCAGAAUCCCGACAUUGUCAUUGCCACUCCAGGUCGUCUAAUUGAUCACAUUAAAAAUACGCCUAGUUUCACAUUGGAUUCUAUUGAGGUUCUCAUUCUGGACGAGGCCGAUCGUAUGCUAGACGAGUACUUCGCCGAACAGAUGAAGGAGAUCAUCAACUCCUGCUGUAAAACACGUCAGACUAUGUUGUUCUCUGCCACAAUGAGUGAGCAGGUUAAAGAUCUGGCAGCCGUUUCGCUGGACAAACCUAUCAAGGUGUUCGUCAACAAUAACCAACAAGUGGCCUUCAAUCUGCGUCAGGAAUUUAUUCGCAUACGUGAGGAUAAGGAAGGUGACCGGGAACCUAUCCUGGCUAGUUUGAUUUGUAGGACGUUCCACGAUCACUGCAUGGUAUUUGUGCAAACCAAAAAGCAGGCCCAUCGACUGCACAUUUUACUGGGUCUCUUGGGCGUCCGAGCCGGCGAACUGCAUGGCAACCUCACCCAGCAACAGCGUCUAGAGUCCCUUAAGAAGUUCAAGGAGGAGCAGAUUGAUGUGCUAAUCGCCACAGAUGUAGCUGCUCGUGGUCUGGAUAUUGUGGGCGUUAAAACAGUCAUCAACUUUGUGAUGCCCAUCACCACUGAGCACUACAUCCAUCGAGUGGGCCGUACCGCUCGAGCUGGACGUGCUGGUAUCUCCGUUUCCCUUGCCGGGGAAAAAGAGCGCAAGAUCGUUAAGGACAUUAUCAAGAAUGCAGAGAGUACCAUCAAGAAUCGUAUUAUUCCGCCAGAGAUUAUUGAAAAAUACCGCAACAAACUGACAAGCUUGGAGCCAGAGAUCCAAAACAUUCUGGAUGAAGAACAGGCUGAACGACAGCUAGCCAAAACGGAGCAACAGCUUUCCAAAACGGAGCGAAAGCUGCUGGGUCAGACCAACGAGCGGCGUGGAUGGUUCCAGACGAAGCAGCAACGCGAGGCGGAGAAGGACCGCUUAGCUUUAACAACCGGCGACGAGGAUAAAGUAUCUGGUGGAAAGGGCAAGGGCAAAACGGCCGGAAAGCGUAAGCGACCCGAGUACGGAGGCGAUGGCGAGGAUGGUCCACCGGUCAAGGAGCUCGAGGCAAAGCGCAACAAAAAGAAGAAAGAGGAGCCUCGUAAGAAGACGCCCGAGCAGUUGGCUAAAGAGCGAGCAAUGAAGGAGAUCGAGAAGGUGUCCCUUGUGCGCGCCAAGAUGGCCAAGCUGCGCAAACGUCCAGGCAAACUGGGGGCCGCCACCGAAGUUCACAGAGGCGGCGCAUCCGACAGCAAACCAAAGCGACGCGGCGGUCAGUCAGCGUUCACAAAUGAUUUGACCGAUGUGAGUCGUGGUGGAGCUCUGCGUUUAAGAUCCGAGGCAAAUCGGCACAAGAAAAUGACCAAGAUUGCUGCCAAGAAGAAAGCAAGCAGCGUCAAACUGACAAACAAGGCGGGAAAGAAUAAGUUCAACAAGGGCAAGAACUUCGGAGGACCUCGUCACGCCAAGAAGGAUAAAAAGAAGUAGAGCUGCAAACUACGCUAUGUUAAAUAGUAAACUUGUAAAAUAAAACUUUUUCUUCUUUAAGGCA